AUGGCCUUGUUGGACAAGGCCAAUUGCCAGGUAGCGACGUUAGCCCUCAACAUGCUGGGAUGGAUCUUUACCAUGGUUUCCAUGGGCCUGCCUAAUUGGCGCACAUGGUACAUAGAGAGUAGCCCCGCCCCUUCCUGGGGGCUGGCCUAUGUAGGGAUGUGGAAAAUCUGCACUUACCAGCCCAAUGGCCUCCAGAGCAGACCCAUAGCGUGUCACCGCUACACCUACAGUGACACCUACCUGCCAUUGGAUAUCCUCCUCGCUCAGCACCUGCUGCUCGUCGCCAGCCUCCUGGGGCUGCUGGGGAAAGGGCUCAUUGUCAUGGACCUGUGGAGAGGGUACGCUACACAGCUUCAGAAGGACACCACCUGCGACCUGUUCUUCACUUCUAGAAUUCUGAGCAUCAUAGCUGGUGCAUUUAUCUCCAUCGCUGUCCUCUGUAACUACUACGCAGUGAUAAAUGAAGAGGCCAUACACUUCCCGCCCUUCUUCCACAUCCCCUACAGGCCGGACCGGCAGGAGAUGGGUAGCACCGUGUAUCUGGCGAUUCUGGCUGCAUUGCUUAUGCUGUUGAGUGGGCUGUUUACCAUCUCUUUCCAGCAGCCCCAUGUACCCCCAAGUCUCCCACGUGUGAAAUUUUCAGUUGCAUAG